UCUUCUGUCUGUACUGUAUCAUACUUAGUCCAUCAUCACACCUGUUUCCUCACGUGGUACCUGAAUCUCUUACUCUCUUGCAUAGAAUUUCCUAAUUUCUACUGGCUUCUCUCUGUUUCCUUCUUCUUCUAGGCUAUGAGAAGCUCACAUAUAGUCCACACCACAGUCCCCACACAGAUAUAGAGAGAGAGGGGGUGAGGGUGAGGGAUGAAAGGAGAGGCGAAGAUGAAUUCGAAGAUGAAAUGGAUUGGUUUGGUUGGGCUUGUGCUUUCUGCUUUCUCCAUCUUCGUCCACUUUCUGCUUGCUCGAUUUACUGAGGACGGCAUUGCAGAUUAUCAGUCCUCAAUUACAGUUUUCUCUUGGAGACCCAUCUUUGAGAAUCCAGAUUUCUCCUCGCAGAGUAAGUCAUAUAGAAGACUAUGGGGUUCUGUGAAGCGGCUUGAAUCUUUGCAUCCUGAUGCAAAUCCCAGAGGAUAUUACGCUGAUCCUAGCUCAGAAAGAAAUGGAUUUAUCUUUGUCCGGAUACAGGGCGGUUUCCAUGAGAUCAGGAACUCAAUAUGUGAUGUGGUUGUGGUUUCUCGACUUCUCAAUGCUACCUUAUCAAUUCCUGAGAUCCAAUCAACAACAAGCAGCAAGGGAAUAAGUUCUCAGUUCAAGAGUUUUGGUUAUCUUUAUAAUGAAGAUCAAUUUGUACUAGCACUAGCAAAGGAUGUCAAAAUUGUCAAAACUCUUCCAAAAAAUCUUAAGGGUGCAAGAAGAAAGAAGGAAAUUCCAUCUUUUAAAGUUCCUCGUUCAGCAUCGCCAUAUUAUUAUUUGCACAAUGUCCUCCCUGUGCUAAAGAAGCAUUCAGUGGUAGAACUAGUUGUAUCCGAAGGUGGAUGCUUGCAGGCCAUUCUUCCUCCUCGUUUUGAAGAAUAUCAAAGGCUGAGAUGUCGUGUUGCUUUUCAUGCCCUUCAGUUUCGACAGGAAGUGCAAGAACUUGCCACCAGGAUUUUACAGAGGCUACGUGCUCCUGGUCAGCCAUUUAUUGCUUAUGACCCUGGUAUGACAAGAGAUGCUUUAGCAUAUCAUGGUUGUGCUGAACUCUUCCAGGAUGUUCAUACUGAACUCAUCCAACACAAAAGAUAUCGGAUGAUAAAACGAGGAAUUGUGAAGGGGAAGCUUAAAGUAAACUCAGCUGAAGCAAGAUUGAAUGGUUCUUGCCCUUUAAUGCCAGAAGAGAUUGGGAUUCUGCUUCGAGCAUAUGGAUACCCUCAAGACACUAUUAUAUAUGUUUCUGGAGGAGAAAUCUUUGGCGGCCAAAGGACAUUGAUUACUCUUCAUGCAUUGUUUGAAAAUGUUGUUGAUAGGACUUCUCUCAGCACUCCAAGAGAAAUGAGUCAACUCUACGGCCAAGAGAUUAAUCUGGUUAAUACUCCUCCUGGUCCACCACCGUCAAUUGAAAAAGAAACUAAGCAAGAUGCUUGGAAGAAUGCUGGUCCACGCCCUCGUCCACUUCCUCCCCCUCCAGCAAGGCCCAAAUCAUAUAACAUUGAAGGUUGGUGGGGAUGGGUUGCUGAGAGUGAUGAUGAACCUGAUAGUACUGUCAUGGAGUUGCGAACCAAUGCCCAUAAAUUACUAUGGGAAGCUAUUGACUAUGUGGUUUGUGUUGAAGCUGAUGCUUUUAUUUCUGGAUUUGAUCGUGAUGGUAAGGGACAGCCAAAUUUUGCUAGCUCGGUUAUGGGGCAUAGGCUUUAUCAAUCAGCUGCAUUGAAGACUUAUAGACCUGACAGAAAGGAAGGUUCCAGACUUAUAGAAGAAAUUCGUGACAACAUGUAUCAAGCAAAUCAUACUUGGCUAAAAUCUGUGCGUAGGCAUUUGAGAAAAAUAUUACUUGAUGAACUGAUGGAAGCAUUGAAAAAAUCAAAACAGUUAUCCUUUCUUUCUCAUCCAGUCCCUGAAUGUUCUUGCUUAAGAUAUAGUUCCUUGGAUAGAUCAACAGCAAAUACUUCCAGUCCAUCAACCUCAUCGCAACUUUUGACUGCUCUUGGCGGUAUUCCACAUCGGUGUCCUUCCUGGAUGGACACUGGUUCUGUUUCACAAUUGAAAGAGAAGGAAAAUGAAGACGAUCUAGAUGAUGAUGAUUCCACAUCAUCUGGGUUGUUCUUUGGGCAAAACAGGGGAAACCAUGAAGGUGAUGGAGAAGUAAACAACAAAGAUGAAAAUCAGCUCGAAGAUCAAGAAGAGCUUGAUGGCGGAGACCGAUGAUAUGAAGAUAAUGAAUUCACAUCUGCAUUUAAUCCAUAAAAGUGGUUGUUGCAUCAAAUUAUGGCUCCGUGGGUUCAAUUCUGUGUGAAAAAAGAAGUUCAAAUCAAAUACUCCAUAUUUAUACAUUCAUACUUUGGGAGAGAAAGUGACUCAAAAGAAAGUGGCGAUAUGUGAGAUACACAUGGCAAAUGGCAUGCUUUUUACCAUCAUCUCUUUUCUCUUUCUGAAUGCAGCAUAUGCAUUGACCUUUGUGAAUAUAGAGGAUUUACAUCCAGAGAGGAUUCAUAUGAAGUGGUUCUGAAACUCAGCAAUCCUGCUCAGGAACAUGACUAAACUCAGCAAUCUUGGGUAAAACAAGCUGUAAGCAUCCUGCAGUUAUGUCAAUUUGGUGUGGCCUAGUUUCAUCUUAGUAGACAUGUACAUUAGUUUAGCUUUUCAUUCUUUGCUGGGAAAACUGUUCUGGUUAUCCUGGCACAUAAAUUGUAUUUAACUGAUGUAGCUCUGAUGAUACAAACAGUUCAGCCACAUUAACUUGCUGGGAGGAAGAAUUUCAUUUAUGGCUGCCUUUGCCAGAAUCCUUGUAUUGUGAUAUUUACUAAGAUUGUAAUUUGUAAUCUGAUGAAAGGACAUAACAUAUAAUAUUUAAAAAUUCUUUGUUGAGAUAAUUGAAAAUUGUCAGUAAAA